UAUCGUUGCUUAUAAAUGGAUCAAACCCGACGACUGUGUAGUUUCGUGUAGUUUACAAACAAAUAAUCCUUUCCCUGAAAAACAGAUCCGAGUUUGAAUCGGGAUAAAAAUGGAGAAAGCUAUCGAGAGACAAAGAGUUCUUCUUGAACAUCUCCGUCCUUCUUCUUCUUCCUCCCACAGUUUCGAGGGCUCUCUCUCUGCUUCUGCUUGCUUGGCUGGGGACAGUGCUGCUUAUCAAAGGACCUCUCUCUAUGGAGAUGAUGUUGUCAUUGUCGCGGCACAUAGGACUGCACUUUGCAAGUCCAAACGUGGCAACUUCAAGGAUACUUACCCUGAUGAUCUUCUUGCACCUGUUUUGAGGGCUUUGAUAGAGAAGACAAAUCUAGACCCAAGUGAAGUUGGUGACAUUGUUGUUGGUACUGUUUUGGCACCUGGUUCUCAGAGAGCCAGCGAAUGCAGGAUGUCUGCUUUCUAUGCUGGUUUCCCUGAAACCGUGGCGGUGAGGACCGUGAAUAGACAGUGCUCCUCUGGGCUUCAGGCUGUUGCUGACGUUGCCGCUGCCAUCAAAGCUGGAUUUUAUGAUAUUGGUAUUGGGGCUGGAUUGGAGUCCAUGACUACCAACCCAAUGGCAUGGGAAGGGUCAGUCAACCCAGCGGUGAAGAAGUUUGAGCAAGCACAGAAUUGUCUUCUCCCUAUGGGUGUUACUUCCGAAAAUGUAGCACACCGCUUUGGUGUCUCAAGGCAGGAGCAAGAUCAGGCUGCUGUUGACUCGCACAGGAAGGCAGCUGCUGCUACUGCUGCUGGUAAGUUCAAGGAUGAGAUCAUUCCAGUUAAAACCAAGCUUGUUGACCCAAAGACAGGGGAUGAGACACCCAUUACAGUUUCUGUUGAUGAUGGGAUCCGAGCAAGCACCACCCUUGCUACUCUCGGGAAGCUGAAGCCAGUGUUUAAGAAGGAUGGCACAACAACCGCUGGAAACUCCAGCCAAGUAAGUGAUGGUGCAGGGGCGGUUCUCCUCAUGAGGAGAAGUGUUGCUACGCGAAAAGGACUUCCCGUUCUUGGUGUAUUCAGGACAUUUGCUGCAGUUGGUGUUGAUCCAGCAAUCAUGGGUGUCGGUCCAGCAGUUGCCAUUCCAGCUGCAGUUAAGGCAGCUGGUUUAGAGCUAGAUGACAUCGACUUGUUUGAGAUCAACGAGGCAUUUGCAUCUCAGUUUGUUUAUUGCCGUAACAAAUUGGGACUUGACGCAGAGAAAAUCAAUGUCAACGGUGGCGCAAUGGCCAUAGGACAUCCUUUGGGCGCUACAGGAGCACGUUGCGUUGCUACUUUGUUGCACGAGAUGAAACGCCGUGGAAAAGACUGCCGUUUUGGGGUAGUGUCGAUGUGCAUUGGGACGGGGAUGGGUGCAGCGGCUGUGUUUGAGAGAGGAGAUGGAGUUGAUGAACUUCGCAAUGCAAGGAAAGUUGAAGCGCAAGGCUUUUUGUCGAAGGACGCUCGUUAAAGAUAACUGAUGUGUACAAGCAUCAAACACACAUUUCAAUUCUUCAAAUAUUACAUCUCAGCACUCUAUUCUCGUCUUGGAGAGAUACUGAUCCUUUUCUUUUUUCUUCAGUUUAUUAUAGUUAUUUGAAUAAAGCAUUACAAUCAAUGUUUGCUCGAGUCUUGUAUUCUUCUUGACCGGGUGGUGUUUUUAGUAUAUCCUUUUUUUUUAUUUGACGGGGAAUCUUCUAGUCGAUGGAAUCUUAUAUGAAUGGAUAAUAUUGUUCUUCUCGAA